CCCCUCCCCUCCCUCAGUCUCUCUCUGUCUCUCCCUCAAACAUCCUCCUCGUCACAACAGAGCAGAGCAUUCAACUUGUCUGACCCCAGAGAUCUCUCCCGAUAUCUUCACCGCUUCCUCCUUUUACUUUCCCGUUCUCCCUCGCCCGGGAGAUGCGCGUGCCCUGCCCGGAAAUCAGCUGAUCUCCGGCCGUCGCAGCGCGAAAACCCGGAAAGAGUGGCAUUCGUUUCGAUCAUACCAUGGAUCAAUCUUGGUAGUCCAUAGAAGUUUCACUUCAAGAUUCUUUUGCAGUCUUGAUCCACGAAAAUGGGUAUUGAUAAAGAUGGUUCAAAAGGUGGAGGAUAUGUAGGAGGUUUCUUCCAGCUCUUUGACUGGAAAGCAAAAUCUCGUAAGAAAUUAUUCUCGAGCAGGUCCGAGCUGCCAGAGCACAACACCAAGCAGGGAAAGAGAAGGGAAGGAAAUUUGCCUACGACACGCGUCUUCCUGGUAGAUGAGGAUGAAACUGGGAUGGGGUCUAGUGCCAAAGGGUAUAGUGACUAUAGUUGUGCUUCAUCAGUUACUGAUGACGAAGGAUACGGAGGCAAGGCUCCUAAUGUAGUAGCCAGGCUUAUGGGAUUAGACUCGAUGCCAACUAAUUCUUCAGAACCAUACUCCUCCCCAUUUUUUGACACUCAAUCUCUCCGCGAUUCCCAACGUUACGGGAGAAAUCUCGACUAUCCUCCUAACUACCAGAUGAUGUAUUCUGAAAAUCUAGCAAACAAAAUAGAGGGUCCUGUCCGGAGUAAUGUGGAGUGGAAGCCGCCUCAGACUCAGAGGAUUGUAAAUAGGCCGAUCGAGAAGUUCCAGACAGAAGUUUUGCCGCCAAAGUCAGCUAAAUCUAUACCUAUUACCCAACACAGGCUUUUGUCUCCUAUCAAGAGCCCUGGAUUCGUUCCAAGCAGGGAUGCUGCUCACAUAAUGGAAGCUGCCGCCAAAAUUCUUGAGCCUGGGCCUCAAUCAAUGAAAGGCAAGACGCCCAUUUUUGGUUCCUCUGAACCCAGGGCUCAAUUAACCAUGAAGAGUAAAAUGCCAAUGCUUGAUUCCUCUUCCGGUUAUAUGAAAAUUAGGCAUGCCAAAGAGAAUGAAGAGAUUGCGAAAAAAAUAUCUCUGAUAGACCGGUCUUCAGUACCACUUAAAGUCCGAGAUAUGAAAGAGAAAGUCGAUGUUUCUCAGAGAACAUUCACACAUGUUGAAGUUCUUCAAAGGCCAGCUGAGUCAAAUGCUGCCAGGUUUCUUAAAGGACAUUCUCUCAACAAAAGCUGGAAUGGAGUAGACACAUCUUCUUACCGAGGUCCUCCUGACAAAGAAGAUGCUUCUUCCAGUUCUAAGAGUAAAGGAAAGUCUGUUUCACUUGCGAUCCAAGCAAAAGUCAACGUUCAACGCAGAGAAGGGUUAUCUUCAGUUGACAGAAGUCUGGUCCGCCAGCAGGAGCUCAGCGAUAAUAAGUUAACCCAGCCCUUCAGAAGCCAACCACGUACACAGAAGAAUUCCCAGAAGAAAUCUCCUCUGCAUAGCGCUUCUGGAAUUCUAAGGCAGAAUAAUCAGAAACAGAAUUGCUUAUCAGAAAAAGAAAGGCUUCCCUCAAAGUCCUUGGUGCAGAAUUCGCAAGGUAAAAGAGCAUCAUCAGGGGAUUCUGCUGGACGGCAAAAGACAGCUUGUAAAUUGGUUGGAAGCUCCAAAGCCGGAUCAAGGAAGUUGGAUGUGAUCAGCAGUGAAAAGGACAAUUCGCAGUCUAAUACAAAGUACUUCCCAAGGAAAAAAAGGUCAAUAGAUGGGGAAGUUCAUUUCGAGAAAACUCGUGCAGUACAUGAUGUGUCCAUAGACAAAAACAGGAAGGCGGUGCAAUCACAUCCAACUUUACAAUUGCCCUCCAACUGGGCUGAAGAAAGUAGGAAGAAUGGCAUGGAUGUCAUUUCUUUUACUUUCACGGCACCUUUGGCACGAUCUAUGGGUGGCUCUGAGCCCUCAGGCCAGUCUAAACAGAAAAACUCAGAUUAUCUGGGUGGGAGGAUCUUCUCCCAGUCAGACGGCAUGAAAUCAGCUUCUCAAGGUUACAACAUGGUAGGCAGUGAUGCUCUGAGCAAACUUCUGGAGCAGAAGUUACGUGAGCUAUCUUUCGAGGUUGGGUCAUCUUCACACGAUUCUACCAUUGUAGAUUCACCUUCUAGUUCGGCAUCGACAUUUCAAGAUUCAGCACCCACACACAAUGCAGUUUGCUCAAUACUGAGGUCAUGUGACAAGAGUGACCAAGCUGUGCUCUUUAGCAGUAGAUUAGGCAGCGAGUACCGGAAUGAUCCUUUUGCCGCUAAUCAACUUCCGUGCAGAUUUAACCAUGAUUUUCAGGGAGUUGUUGAGAAAGAGGACCUUGCUACAAAAGCCAAACAAUUGCUUGACUACAGGCAUCCUAGUCCCGUCUCUGUUCUUGAACCAUCUUUCUCUGCUGAAAGUUGCUUCUCUUCUGACAGCAUGGAUAGUACUAAUACGGAAGGGACCAAGCAGCCAUCUUCUCAAGCUGCAGAAAUUCUAGGGUUGAGCUUUUCCAGAAAAUCACAUUCAACAGAAGUUGAUAUAGACUUAUCAGAUUCGGCUUCUUCUCUGUCAACAGGAAGAACAGUUGCGAGGAGGCACGCGACUGCUGAAAUCUCUACCAUUUUUUCAGCUUCAAAUGAUUGGGAACUAGAAUAUGUGAAGGAGAUUCUGUGUAAUGUAGAGUUAAUGUUUAAAGACUUCGCUUUGGGUCGAGCGCGUGAGAUCAUAAACCCACAUCUCUUUGAACAGUUAGAAACUCGGAAGGGCUUUAUGGAAAGUGAUGAUCUCACUGAUUCUAGGCUAACAAGAAAGGUACUGUUUGAUUGCAUCAGUGAAUGUAUGGAUUCAAGAUGUAGGCGUUGUGUAGGUGGUGGAUGCAGAAAAUGGUCUAAAGGCUUGGCGAUGGUGAGAAAUGAGCGGCUAGCUGAAGAUGUGUGUAAAGAGGUUCUAGGUUGGAGAGGCUCGGGGGACUCUAUGGUGGAUGAUCUUGUGGACAAGGAUAUGAGCGGUCCGGAUGGGAAAUGGCGGGACUUUGAAGCUGAGGUUUUCGGAAUUGGGCUAGAGAUCGAGGGUGAUAUACUCCGCUCCUUGAUAGACGAAGCAAUUGCUGAUGUUCUGCAAUGAGGCGCGCAGGGCUUAUGAUCUUUGAGUUCAUUCUCCACCUGUUAAUACUGGUAAAUUGGCUUGUCUUUUUGACAACUUCUGAGGAACCCUGUUCAUGGCACGGCUAUAGUUCGCCCUCGAAGAGACAGAAGCAGCCACUAGGAAAGAACCUCCACAUUCUACCGUGACCAUUCAGCUCAGAAUUGUAUCCCACUUAAUAUUGGUUCGCAUGAAAGGAACCCUCUGAUUGCAAAAGCGGGAGGUUAUCUGGUUUGAUGCUUCAGUUUUAUGAUACACGAGCCAUUUUUGUACCUUCACCAUGAUGUUCUGUUGUUAGAACUGUUUUUGUGACAGACUAUUCUUUGGAAAUUUUCGCCCGUUUGAGCAUCUUGCUUCGGCUAUAUAAAGAGGACACCCAAUCUUACUUUUGUUCA